CGUUUCUUAUGAUACCAAACUAUAAUCCUGUCACUCAAGCCCUCCUGGGUACCUUAUUUACUUGGGGAGUCACGGCAUUAGGCUCUGCACUUGUGUUUGUUUUCAGCCAUGGUCAGGUAUGAAACAUUGAAUUGUUGGUGGCGAUGAACAACAUGAGCUAACAUGAAAUAAGGCUCACCAUUUAUCCGUUUUUCAAAUGGUUUUAGAGAAAAGUUCUAGAUGCCAGCCUGGGAUUUGCCGCUGGGGUAAGAUAUUUUUGUUGUACUGUUCUGAUACCAUUUAUUUAAAAUAUUUAUCCAUAAUUUGUCUGAUAUUGUAAGCUUGACUCCUAAUUACUUUUUAUAAAAAAGCCUUUUUGUUGUUAAGGUUAAGCAUAUUUAUAGUAUAGGAUGGAGGUUCAGGCCACUAGUUUAUCAGCUCUUCUUUUAUUUAUUUCCCUCUCUAAAUUAAGACGCUACUGACUCACUUGUACGCUGUACAUUUUUAUAACAAGAACGCACUGAUCAGCUUUGGAAGAUUUCGAAUGUAUUUGAUUGAUCUAGAAAUUGAGGUCAGUGAUUGAAUAAUAGAAAAUUAUUGGAGGAUUGACAUCACACAAAGACAGUGGCAUGGUAGCUUAGCAGUUUUUGCAGCUGUACAAGCACUUGUUUUCCAUGGGUAAUCUAGCUUGUGUGGCAGGCAUUUGAGGGGUAACGAAUUAGUGGGGGGGGGGGGGGGGGGGGGGGGGGGGUUAGGUGCAGAAGAACGUGAUGGGAACAUAAAGAAGAAGGGAGAGGAAUGCAGAAAGGAGGCAAGGGUUGACACAUUUGGUCAGUGUGCGGCCUUUUCAUUAGAGAGGUCCCGAGUUUUAUUCCCAUUUGUGACCUCAAAUCCUUGUUUCAACCUCUUUUGCAUGUAGCCUUAAAUUAGGUUAACUUUAAAUAGCCAUAAAAUAGGGUGUUGAUGGAGAAACAAGGGGGAAAGGGUAAAAUGAAUUGACUGUUGGUCUCAGGCUUGUUAGUGAGAUAAUGACUAAUGUUUCAAGAUACUGAAAUGAAAUAAAGAGGUUUACCUUUCUCGUUUCUAUGCUGUUGUUUGACCUAUAUUUUACACUCAAAUUUUAAACAUAAAAAAAGUAUGUUUGGUUAGAAUUAGUUGGUUGUCAAUCACAGACACACUUCCUUCAUUUGAAGAAAUCAUUAACAUGCUAAAAUGAAUAUUGGCUGUUCUCAAAAUAGUAACAGUAUUGUUAAUUUGCCUUUGCUUGUCUUUUCCUGUAAAGGUUAUGUUAGCAGCCUCCUAUUGGUCGUUAUUAGCUCCGGCAAUUGAGAUGGCUGAAACAUCAGGAAGUUAUGGAAAUGAUGGAAGAUUUGCCUUCAUUCCGGUCUCUGUGGGAUUUAUUCUUGGUGCUGUAUUUGUCUUUGGAGCUGACAAGCUUUUACCUAUUCUGGUAAUUCUUUAAACUUUUGAUUAGAUAAUAUUAUAAUGGAAUACAGUUGGCUGCUAGACUCCAUGACUCCAGUAAAAUGAAAAUGUAUGCCAUAUUUUUUUCAUAUUUGUAGCUUUUUUAUGAUUUAACAGUUGCUGUUUUUCUAGGGCAUAGAAUCAUCUAAUAUAGCUGAAACAUUAACUGGGGAAUUCCAGAAUGGGAGUGCAUGUAAAGAAAAGGAUGUAAAAGGUGACUUUCACCAAACCGAAAUCCAGCUUAAUAGCUACUCACACAGCAGCACUACAUCACAAAUAACACAGAGAAGGAAAACAGAUAUUUCAAAGAGUAGAAAAGAAGAUGUUGAACAGCAGAAAUUUGUAGAACAACAGACAAGUUGGAGGAGAAUAUUACUAUUAAUAAUUGCAAUCACUGUGCACAAUAUUCCAGGUAAAUUAUGAUAAUAAUUAAAUAUCAGGUAGUAUCGCACUUAUUAAAAAAAUUAUUGAACCAUUAAUGAUCCACAACAGAGGUGGAUUCUUUGGAUCAUGUCCAAAACCAGAUACUUUGGAUACAUGAUCCAAGGUGUUUCUUAACUAUGGAUCCAAAAAGAGUGAUUACUGCCAGUAGGAACUCAAAACAAUUCUUACACAAAAAUUACUUACAUUAUCUGUUUGACUACGCUGCUCAUCUUAUUUAACCAUUUUUGAACCCGAGACAUGGAUUAAACAAUUGAUUUUAUCCAUUUUAUCGGAGUUGGAAAAUCACAAUUAUACAAACAAGGGUUUUCGGUGGCAUUUGGAAGUACGAGAUGCAGACUCAGGUCUGCUUGCAGACUUGUACCAUUUGUGCCGCAGGCUUUCAAGGCUUUAAGCACGUUUCCAGUACAUAUCUUAUUGCAAGACUUGUCUUCCUUUGGCCUCGUCUAAAGCAAGCAGUAUCCUUGAGCUAAUCGUUUUUAUACAAUAAAAGCCCAUUGUCAGCAGCCGUGUUGUUCUUUCUCCGGGAUCUGUCGAUAUUGUUUGUCGUUUCUAUGGUGAAUGAAUGAAAAAUAAUCCUUUUUUUGGAUACAUCGUUUCUUUUCUUAGCAAAAAUGUUAAUGAUCCGGAUUUUUGACGGGAUCUUGGAUUAAAAAAAAAGAAGUACACCCUUAAUGUUAAUCCAGAAGCCCUUAAUUUAUCAGAUGAAUCUAUUUCUCCAUGAUCAAGAGCUUUGUAUGUAGGGUCUUCUCCUUUGUCGAGGACUUAGUAACACUAAUUUUACACUAAUGGUUGUGUCUGUAUUAACCAAAAUGUUUUAUUUGGCAGAGGGUUUAGCAGUAGGAGUAGGAUUUGGUGCCAUUGGGAAAACAACUGCAGCAACAUUUGAAAAUGCAAGGUACCAGUAGAUAUUUGCUUGUUUGUUUGUUUUUGAAGAGCUGUUGUUGUUUCAAACUGCUAUAAAUCAUAGCUCUUUCUUUCAUCAUAAAUUAGUUUACCCUGGCAGGAUAGUGUGUAGCUUCAUCGUUAGAGCACUCAACUGCAGAGCAGGAGGAUGUGGAUUCAAUCCCAGGGGCUACACCAAUACUCAAGGUCUUAAAAAAUCUGAGAAAUGAAAGUUCUGCUUUUUCCCUGCAAACCGCUGUCUAUCGAUUGGCUCAUAUGACCAUGUAAAAUGGAGGUCCUGUUACUAGAAGGAGAUGCAAAAAUACAAUGUAGUCUCCCAAAUUAGUACUUUCAUUCUAAAUACAUUGAAUCUAAACUAAGUACGUUUUUUGUUUGUUUGUUUGUUUUUGGUAACUAUUACCACCCACCUGGCCACCCACCACUCAGUGGGAGAAGUGUCAUUAUGCUUAGCAGGUGCAGGGUUCACACAGUCUUGAAAAGUCCUUGAAUUUUAGGGGAGGUCCUUAAAAAGUCCUUGAAUUCUAUUUUGUCCAUUCUGUGCAGGUCCUUGAAAUAUCCUUGAGUUUUCUUCAGCUUGGAAUGUAGUGGCCUGGGAAGUGUUUUUUGACGCUUUUUGAUUGUCCAAGACAGAAUAUAAAUCAUAGCAUAGAGAAUUUAAAAGUUAUUUACGUAAAGUGUUCAAUGUUUUAUGCAAUAAGUAACUAUCAAUCCUUGAAAAUCUAAUGUGGCUCUUAAAAAGUCCUUGAAAGAUGGUUGCAAUUUUUUGUUUGAACCCUGGGGAGACCAUGGGGUCAAACUGCAACUUAAAGGUCUUUAAAUGUGGCUGGUGAGGUCUUCCUGUCUACCUUGAUUAAAACUCUGCCUCAAAAAGGCAAGAACAAGAACUCAUGACUUUCUUCAAAAAGAGUUGGGUAUACACUGGUCACCGUCAGUCAUGGUCUGAUAUGUACAUUGUAAGUGAGGUGAGAUGAGAUCAUAAUAUGAACUGAAGCAGCAGCACAGUGUGCCUGUAUAUCCUGAAGUGGGAUUUCACCUCUCUGGACCCCCAAUGGUUACAACAGAGAAAACAACCUACCAUUGUUUUAUUGAUCUCCCUGUUUCUUCUUUACUUCUUUCUGUACUUCUUUCUUUCUAUGUACAUGACUACGUGCAAGCCAUAAAGAGCUCAAGUAAUCUAUAAUUUCUGUUUAAUUGACUUACAUUUUAUGUCUUUGUUUGUCUUAGAAAUCUUGCGAUAGGAAUAGGAAUUCAGAAUUUUCCAGAAGGAUUAGCUGUUAGUCUUCCUCUCCGAGGAGCAGGAUUUUCAUCAUGGAAGAGUUUUUGGUGUGUUUUGAUUUAAUUGCCAGUAAAAAAAUAAUAUGAUAUUUUUUGCGAAUUGUAUGCUUGGUUAUUUUUUCGCAUUGAUGAUUUAUUUUUCUGACAAAUUAGUAAUUUUAAUGUAAAGAUAUAUUUUAAAAGAAUAACGUGUCUUCUUUGCAGUCAUUUGGCAAGCCAUAAUCUUGUUUUUUUUUUGUCUUUUGAAUCCUAGGUAUGGGCAACUAAGUGGAAUGGUAGAACCAAUAGCUGGUCUGUUUGGUGCUGCUGCAGUAGUGGUAAGAUCUGCCUGUAUAUCAUUGUUUAUAAUAUUUAUUAUAUCAUAAGUAUGGGUACACGGUCAGCCUAAAGGAGCAAGUGUUUGAAAAUGCCGCAUUCAGAAAGCUUCCCUUCAUGUCACGUGUCAAGAAAAGGGAAUUUCAGUGUGGACUACAAGUACGAGUUUUGAAACCAAGUUUAUGUGCUGCAAAGAAAUUACAGCAAGAAUUUUGCAUAGUUCUUAGCAAUUUUGCCCCAGAAGAGUUCGUCUACAUUUGACAAAGUAAGCGAGUUGGAAUAGUUGCCAUAAAAAAUGAAAGAAUGCAGAUUCACUUCCUUUAAGCGACGUUUUCACCGCAACUGCCGCCCUCGCCUUCGCUCUCGCCCUCGCCGUCGUAGUGUCUUGAGUGACUCCCUAUUGUGAAAGCAAACUUGCCCUAAUGUGUCUGGUGUCUGCUUUAAGUGCUGUACAGCAACAAGAAAGAAUGGGUACACAACUGGCUGAAAAUUCAAACUGUCAUGCUCUUCUUAUUCGAUCACGCACGUACUCAUAAUCAAAACUAAUGGUCCCUAAUGUCGUACCGGCAACCGAGAUCAGAUUUUACACCAGUCAGUGGACUGAUCGCCAGUUCAAGUCACGGUUCCGUAUCGAAGUACUUUCAGUCGCAGGGCAUUAAACCCUAUAGACCCAUCAGAAGUCCAUUCCGCUGACAAUCAACAAUCUGAAAGACUGUUUCCUUUUUGUUGGUGUUGUUUCGUUUCGUUUUGUUUUCUGUUUGUUUGUUUGUUUGUUUGUUUGUUUUAUCAUCGUCUGGUUUAAGGUUUCCCUUCAUCCUGAGCUUGCCUAUUUCUCUGUUUUCGAAGCUAUUAAAAUGAGCACCAAGCAACUGAGGUUAAGUAUGAGACGCUGCCGUACAUGUUUAUCAUUUCUCCUUUCUUGGUUUUCUUUGCAGAUUGCCGAGCCUGUAUUGCCGUAUGCUUUAGCAUUUGCAGCUGGUGCGAUGGUAUACGUGGUAGUUGAUGAUAUUAUACCGGAAGCACAAACAAGGUAACAAGCUAUAAAAUCCUAUCAACAAACCCUUAGUUAUUUAAUGGCACAACGGUUUUAAUACUAGGCCGUAUAUAUUUUUACAUGUGAAUGAUGUGAUGUUAUGAUGACUAUGACAUUGUGUUCUCAGUUUGUGUGUGUGUGUUCUGCCCACAGGCAUUCCUUCAUUCAUUCAUUCAUUCAUUUUUGCCAUUAACCACAAAUAAAACAACAGUAUACAGAAAUUUAUAAUAUAUUUAAGAUAAUAUACACUAUUCUAACUAAAUUAUUUACUAAAGCAAAUGUUUAAAGUGGUAAUGGCAAGGAAGCUUAUAUAGAAGCCGUGGGCUUAUAAACAAUAGGCUCCCUGGAACUAUAGGGUAAACUAUACAAGUUAAGGGUUCUGAAUGAAAAUUUGGAUUAUUUUUUUUGAAAAUAAAGAAAAGGAAAGAGAAAAAAGAAAAAGAAAAGGUGUGUAGCUCAAAAAGAGUAUAUUGUGACUAAGAAAGAAGGGGUUUUUUCUGUCUUUUGCCAAACAAACGGAUGCUUUCACUGUUUUGAAUUUCACGACUUAGCGAGUUGAAAAACCGAGGACCUUGAAACCGAAUUGUGAAUUUUCGAAAAUUAGUUUGACAAUGAGGUAUAUAGAAAAGGCUGGAAUGUCUUGUAUUAUGAGAAUGUAUCUGGCUUGCAAGAGUAAACAUAUCACGAAAAUAAUUAGGAAGUAAGCCUCUUUUAAAAAGAUACAUAAAUUUACCUAGACCCGAUCUAAGGUGCGCCUCUUGACCGCUACGUAACGGCCGCCAUCCUUCCCUCUAUCCAGCAUUCCCGCUGGAGGUCUUUCAGGUGGCCUGUCCGCCUCAGAUUGCGCCCGUUUAAAAGACGCUACAACCACAGGUAGCGUUAGCCUUGGGUUACCUGCUACGACAGCAGUUUUCUUCGUUUAUAUGCAUGUAAAAGUGAGAUCUUAAUUCUCAAUUCUCAAGGCCUUUUUCAUUGCAAGAGUGUGUAUUGAUAUGACAUUAAUUGAUAUGAAGACACCUUUUAGUGUGUUAAACCGAUAGAAAAUAGCGUGAUGAAGUCCCUUUAAGAGUUUCUGUUAAUGGAGAGAGGGUCAUUAAAUUCUUCUUUACAUUCGAUGUACGUACAUUUACAUCCAUUGACCUUGCAGCAUACUGCGAAAUAGGUACAAGCUUUUGAUGUCUUUUUCUCUUUGCAGUGGAAACGGUCGCUUGGCUUCCUGCUUCACAAUCGUUGGUUUCGUUGUGAUGAUGUCCUUAGACGUGGGACUUGGAUGAAGUGGUGUUCUCUCUCAGUUUAAGCGAUAGAUUAUUCUCUCGGUUUAAGCUGUUCGAUGUUUUUAUAGCUAGGGUUUCAGAAUUGCAUAUAUUUAUAGAAAAGUGUACUUCUCGGGAAUUAUUGUUAGGAGAACAGUUUUAAGUUUAGUACCUUAGAUUUCAGUUAUAGGUGAAAAAGUAAAUAACUAAAUUGCGAAUUACUCUUCUAAAAAAUGUACGUGAGAGAGCCCCCCAAGGGAUAGAAGCAUAUUAAUAGUAGUUUCUUAGUAGUUUCUUAGGGUAAAGGUAUUGGUUCACCAUUGUUUACGACACAAUAUCGAGUACGAUUCUUCUCUGAACUCAUCCUUUUUUCUCUCGUGACAAAAUUCAUUCUAUAGCGAGCGGAGCACUGGGAGAGUCCAUCUCUCUUCUAGAAUGAAUAAGAAGUUACUUGUAUAGCCUUCGUUGCAGCCCGCCCACGCCGGCACUCGUACUUGUAGUGUAAUGAUUAUUUUGAGUUAUCUAGUGAUAUAUGUUGUGGCAAAACCUUACAAACGUUUGUUUUUUCACAGGAAUGCGAUAAAGGUGUAUGACAUGUUUGUUCAUGUCAAUAUUUACUUAGGUUUGGGGAAUUCUCAUUUACACUUUUUAAAAUAAAGUAAAAGCACGGAAAUGCUGAAAUGCGUUUGUACAAACACCUUGAUACCUGAGAAAUACUGACGUUUUUCCCGAAAUUUCCCUGACUUGUCAAAUCCAUGACCAACUCAAAGCUCCUAUGCUCUUUUUGUAAAACCCCCAGUCCCCUGUAGAGAUGUCGGACUGAACGGCU